AUAAUUGUUGGCAUUACCUCAGUAUGGAUAUAUAGCAUGGAGUGUGUGUUAAAAUCCUACUUAUCAUAGUAAAAAAAUAUGAUUAGGUACGGCAAUGCCAAUAACAAUGGUGGAUAGUCCUAGCCUACUGGGCUUUCUCGUGAAAGUGGUUAUGCUGUAAGAGUGGGAUGUGAAUAGCUAAUACACCAACGAUCAGCUGAUCGCAGCGUGACCUUCGCCUUCCCAACCAGCGGUAUCUAGGCCUAGCUCAUACAAAUCUAGAUAAUAUUUACAAACGCGGGUACGUGAAAUAUACAGAUGGAACUGUGUCGGGUUACAUUUACUGUCUAUGUUUUUGUAACUAUUUCACUUGAUACGUUGACAAUCAGCUGACACGCGGUGAAAGAUUAGAGAAAAGUUCACCCGACGCCUACUUAACAGCUAACCUGAACGUCUGGAUAAAGAUUAUUAACUGUAUAUAAAUCAACUUACACAGUGAAAACCUUCAUUUUAGAUCACGAUGAGUGAUCAUAUGGAUGUCCAGAAACCUCUAAACGCUCACGGGAACGGCAUGGAAAACGGAAGUCAUCAUGCUGCUAAGAAGAACAGUAGCCAGACUAUGGGUGGUGAAUUCGUUCACCCUGAUGGAGGUUGGGGAUGGGUGGUGUGCUUCACAUCCAUGCUCACCAAUGGUACUGUGUUCGGAGUCAUCAAUACAUUUGGAAUCAUAUAUGUAGUGAUGCUGGAUGAAUAUGCAGAUGGAGACCCUAAUAUUUCUUUGAAAACAUCCUUUGUUGGUUCCGUGUGUACUGGCGUGACAUUUUUGAUGUGCAUUGUAUCCAGUAUUCUAAGUGACAGAAUCGGAAUUCGACCUAUCGCUGUGAUAGGUGCAGUGUUGGGAAUGACGGGCCUAAUUAUCAGCGCCUUUGUGACGGAACUAGAGAUUCUUUAUUUAUCCUACGGAGUUUGCCUUGGCAUUGGCGCAGCAUUCUCAUAUUCUCCAUCUUUGGUGAUCCUCGGACAUUAUUUCAAAAAACACAUGGGACUUGUGAACGGCAUGGUGGCGUUCGGUAGUGCCUUAUUCACCAUAGCUUUGUCGCUUGGUCUUCCAAAAAUGUUAGAAGCAUUGAAAAUCAGAUAUACAUUUCUUGUCCUCGCAGGCUGCUACUUCAUCCUCAUCCUUGGUGCUCUGACUUGGAAACCAUUAAUUAAAAAAGACAAUCUUGCAGCAAUGGCUUUAUCAACAGAAAGUGUGUAUGAACACUGCAAUGAUUGUUGUACAUGGACACGAAAGUUUUUAAAUGUCAGAAUAUUUCGGAACAAGGCAUACGUUGUGUGGUGCCUUUCUCUUGGUGUUGCGCUAAUAGGCUACUUUGUACCUUUUGUACAUUUGGUAAAACAUACAAGAGAUCGGUUUCCUGGCACAGAUGGCAAUUUGCUGAUAACUUUUUUACAAAUAACGUCUGGAAUUGGACGGUUAGUGUUUGGCAAAGUUGCUGAUUUUCCCUUUGUCAACCGCAUUUACCUUCAACAGGCAUCUUUUCUUAUCAUGGGUGUGGUAACUGUAUGUAUUCCUCUUUCCGGUAGCUAUGGAGGACUUGUUGCUAUAAGCCUAAUAUUUGGGCUUUGUGACGGAAUUUUCGUUUGCUUGCUUGGGCCAAUUGCCUUCGACAUCGUUGGACAUAGAGAAGCAUCACAAGCAAUAGGCUUUUUACUAGGCAUCUUUGCUGUACCUUUUGUAGUUGGACCACCAACAGCUGGGGUGAUAUACGAUACAAUGCACUCCUAUGACCUUGCAUUCUACAUUGCUGGAGGAACGCCAAUAUUAGGUUCGCUGCUUAUGUUCCUAAUUCCAAAAGUGAAACAGAAUUAUCCGGGUGCCACAGAAGCAGAAAAUUUUGCAUCAAUUUCAAUGUUGGAUCUUCGUGAGAGAGUUUCGCCAAGAGUAGAUAUUGAAAGAUACAGUAGUGCCUGUACAAAGACGGGACCGUCUACAACUGAACUUCAGAUUGUCAAUGCAGACGACAUCGUCUUCAAAAAUGGCCAUAUCAUAGCUGAUGAUAUAGAUGUUACGCUCAAGGUUGAAAAGUUUGAAAGAACGACUAGUUACACUUCAGAAGAAGCAAACUUAUUGUCGGAUGAUAGAGCUGAUGUUAAUGAAAAUAAGUCUUACAUCAAAAGUAAUCUGCAAAACAACGAUAACAAAGUCGAUCCAAGGACCGGUGAUCGGUCUUCAGAUUUCAAUGAUGGUGAAGAAGUAGCAAGCACACACGAUGAGACAUUAGACAUUAACACCUGCGAACAAAGUUACGAAGCAGAUACUCUGCUUAAAGAGGUGAAUGAAUGCUUAAAUGAAAGGCAGUCGACAAUAUCGGAAGUUUAACUUUUUAAAAUUGCUUUUACAGAAUUACUCAAUUUUUAAAUCACCUGAGACAAAGUGGCAUUGUGACCUAGUGCAAUCACCUUCAUCCGGCGUCGUGCGUCCGUAAACAAUUUAACAUUUUUUCUUUUCUAAAACCCUUGAUCCGAUUUCAAUGAAUUUUACAGAAACCUUCCCUGAACAAAAAAUGUGAAUUAUACAGUCCCUUCUCCACAGGAGCCUAAGGGGCUGGGCCAAAAUGAGUCAAAUUGGCCCAAAUUCAAAAACCUUCUUCUCAAGACCCAGGUAUGUUAGAAAGAAUCAAAUACUCUUCAUGAGUGGAAGCAUCUUAGGGUGCUUUACCAAAAUUGUGAAUAUCAUGGCACCAGGUUGGGAGGGGGUAACGUUUACUAUAGUUUAUAUAGGAAAACUAGAUUUUUGAGCAUAAUUUGUUUAAUUUUCAUUAGAAAUAUAUCAAACUUGCUUAGAAUUUUGAGUGAAGGAUGACGGCUUAAUGAUAUGCCCAUAUUGAUCCUGAUUGACCUCCAGGGGCCCGGAAUUGAACCAUCUUAAGGAGGAAUUUUUUUUAGACUUAUUGUAAUUUUCAUAGAAUAGAAUGCAUUUCUGAGCAUAACGUUGGUUAUUUCAGUGUCACAAUUCCUGUUUCAUAACACUUGAUAACUAUCCUUUAAUGUUUAUAUUCAAUAUUGCUUAUCUCAAGUGACCGUCAAGGCCGCUAGGCCUCUUGUUUAAUAUAAAAUCGUAAUUCUAAUCUCAAUGUUCCAGCAUGUAAGAACGAUGAUUACGCACAUAUUUCAUCCGUUUCAACUCUUAAUAUUUCCAAAAUCAUUGAAUUUCAUAUUUUGUGCAAUAGUUUAUAAACGAUGGAGCAAUUUAUUCUACAAUUUAAUACCCAAAACAAAGAGUCAAAUUUAUCCCACUGUGUCCAAAUAUUUCAUAAAAUGUUGACAUGUGCUUCGAAUACAUUGUCAUUAUAAUUUAGUGUAAAACUUGCCCCAAGGCAGGUGAAGAGGGUCUGGUCAGUGUACAGGGAUAAGGCUUACUGAUAUUUUAUCUUUGACAAAGUUUGAUAACUAGCCAUAACUUAUUUUGCCAUUCUUACAAUGAUUGUACGAAAGACAACGCUCAAGUGGAGAGCAUCAUUUUAAGAUUAUUGAACUCCAUCAACCUCAAUUAUCUUUUUUUUAUAUUUUGCUGAAUGUUUGAUUAUACUAUCACAUAGGUGUUCACUUAUAUUCUAUACAUGAUGGGCAUUAAUCAUUAGAUUAAAUCGUAAAAUGCUCACAACAACUGAUUUAGAACAAUAUCUAUUUCUAAAUAAAAGAAUAUGAGUGUUCAUUUUGCCUAGUUUCACCGCAUUUAGGUUUAUGACCAAGCUUCUUGGUAACUGUUCAUUUUUAGUCAGUUUGAAGUUUAAUUUUUCAAAAUUGUAUGUUCAACAAAGAUUCCAGGUUCUAAUUGAUAUAAAGGUAAUUUAACUUCAUUUUUUCGUGAUACAGUACAGUAGAUCCGUUUUAUUGCCUUCCAAUGUGCAUUGUUUCAAUAUGCUUGUUUAAGAAGAAUGGUGCAUUUUCAUUACAACAAAACUAUGGUAAUUGUGACAUAGGAAAAAGAAUCACUGUCGAAUCUGCAUCGUCACAAAUUUAUUUUUUCCUCUUUUAUGCAUAACGAACGAUUGCUGUGGUAUCAUUCUAAUAUUGCUGGUGUGUGUAUGAGGUCAAAUACUGCUCUCCAGUCGAAUCUUACAACGAAAUCCGUCUCAUAGUUAUUCGACACACCACUGUUGUGGUAACAGCGGAAUACAUUACUUGGUUAUGACGAGACUAUCGAUUUUGUAUAUUCCGAUAUAUUGCUCUGAUUUGCAGUCAAGAUAUAUAUAUUUGUCUCACAAUAUUGUUGUUUUAGUUAUUUUGUAUGCGGAUACAUAAGCAAUGUUGCGUUUGCCAUCAUAAUGCUGAUCAAGAAAUCAUAGAUAUUUGGUUAGACUUUAUUCCAUUAUUGCUUUCCCUCGUUGCAGAAUAAAAAAAACAAAGUUGUUUUUUCAUAUUCACAAUUCUGUUAUGGGUAUGAUGUUUUGAAAGCAUCACUUACGUUAUCAGAUGGUAAACUUUCUGUUUACUCCUUUCUUGUUGCUUCAGUUAAUUGAAUAAGAGUGGUUGUAAAAUAUAGCAUAGAAGAUGUGAAGACAGCGCACAACCACAAUGAAAACAAUUUCAUUUGAACAUAAAAAGAAAUUAUAUUGUUUGAAAGAAAAAGAUUAAAUUUAAUAAUUUCUCUAAGAUUGUGAUACAAUUCGUAGAUUUAAUUUGAUGUUAUAACAUUCUGUUAUUGAUAUUAGUUUGGAAUUGUGAAAUGUGUUUCAGUUGCAAUAUUAGGAUUCAUGUAAUAAAUAAAUUGUGUUGAUAUACACACACCUUAGUCAACCAUUGGGCAUAUUGUUAUAAAAUGACGAGUUUGCUUUAUACAUGUGUAUACUUAUGUUUAUUAUCAUAUGUUCUUAAGUUUAACAAAGUUUAGCGUUUUAUAUGAUAAAAUCAAUUCUAUAGUCCCAGUUUCGUGAUAUUUUUCUUAAGUAAAUAAAUUAUUCAUAUUAUAUCAACAUUAUAUACAAAUUUUAUUUUGCAUUCGUUUCAGACUUAUAUUUCAGGUUUGAAAUAUAUUGUCAUGUUAGGAUAUUUUAUGGUAGAGAUCAUUAACAGACGUCGACAUCUGGGUUUUCCAGCUGAUGUAUGUGUAUGUCAAUGUCUGUCUGUGACUAUGAAUUUAGCAGUCGGUUGAUGUUCAUGGACAUGUUUUGAAUAUCCAGAAAUGUGUCUUUGUGAUUAAGUAACCAAAAUAAACAUCAGGAGAGAAUGUUCUCUCUAUCUGAUAUCCAUAUACACUUAAACGUUCAGUUGCCUACCAACAUGCUUUCCUUGAUUAAUUGAUAAACGCAUAUAAUGAAUGAAAUAAUUAAUUUGCAUGUAGUUUUCCAUUGGUGUGUUCAGAACAUUUUUACCAUUUUAUCAUUGGUUGCUUAAAUUUUGCUUUUUCAUUUCUAUUAUUAUGACUUUCACAUUGGACUGCAUGUAAUUGUUAAGGUUGUAAGCUGGUAUUAUGGUAUAUCUUGGAAGAUUGUAUAUAAGACACAAAUAGAUGAUACACCUUACAUGAUAAAGUCAGUAUUAGACACAUUAUAUACAUAGGCGGUGGAGGCAAAUCAAAAUUGGUCAAAUCAAUAUCAAGUUAUAUAGAUGAAAAGGUGUCCUAUUCUCGUGAUAUAUUUCAAUAUUUGGGUUUUCAUAAAAAGUAGGAAUAUCUGUAUAUAGUGAACCAUACCACAGUUGAUAUGAAUAAAAGUUGAAACGUAACAUGCAGGUUUAAGGCAAACAUCGGGAACUAAUAAAAAUCAGCAGCAGUCCCCCCUGAAAAUUACAAAAACAAAAAAAAAAAAAAAAAAAACUGAAAAAAACACGCAAGUGAAUGGCAUCUGCCGGUACAAUUUUAGUAUUAGAUGCAUUAUGUGCCAAAUAAUGAACUAAACAAUCUUGUCCAGCUUUUUCGUCCUUUUAGGACUCGUAAGAGAUGAAAGGUGUAUGGUUAGAAUACAUAUAUGUAUGUAAUAUUGAGAAAUUUACUCAUCUGCACAUGUUUAUGCUUAUGAAUAAGCAAUUCAUUUGGAUGCUCCUCUGGAGAUUGGCAACAAUGAGUCACAAAUUGCUUGUUCUCAAACACUUCACUAUUAUCAUGGAGACUAUAAAUCAUGUUUGUAAAACAUAAUGGUUCCUUUUAAAAGGGAGUAGAGAUUACGUGUGUAUGUGUUCAUUUCAAAUAUAGAGUGUGAUAUAAUCAGAUGCUUUUGUUUUAAAUGUUUUAUAAGUUUACCUGUCAGGUAGUGAUUUGCGAAAUGAUAUUAAUAAUAAUUAUUUGAUACUGUGUGAUAACAGAUUUAUUUUUGUUAAUAUCUGAGUUGCCAAUCAGUGUGCAAAUACAAUUUGAAUAGCUGUGUGUUGAUUUUGUUCAUGAUAACACAAUGUUUUGCUACAAUUUGAAUAGCUGUGUGUUGAUUUUGUUCAUGAUAACACAAUGUUUUGCUACAAUUUGAAUAGCUGUGUGUUGAUUUUGUUCAUGAUAACACAAUGUUUUGCUAACAGAAUUUUCUGAAGAAACUAUCUUUUUAUGACUUCAGUUUUUUUGUUUGUAGCCGUCCGUCAACAAAUCAACUUCUGUAAAUGAAAUGUGCUUUAAACUUUCAAGGAUAAAUACAACCUUAUAAUGACAAACAUCCGCUCCACACGUUGGACAUUGAUAUUAUAAAUGGCAAUAAUAUAUCAUUAGGCUGGAUUAAUUGAUCAGGUUCAUUUUGAUGUGACAAUGAUACUCAGAUGAUCUAAUUAUCAUGUAUUGAAAAUAUUGUAAGGCAGAUAUUUCCAAUAGAAAACAUAGCUAUUGUUUUGGGUUUUAAUAAAUAUGCAAGUAAUAUAGAUUAUGGUCUCCCUGUAAGAAAAAGCAAAAUUGAUAUCCAAUGUUUAUUUAUACUGUACUUAUUUUUAAAAAGUUCAUUCCCUAAAAGUGCAUAUUUGACAAGAUUUGAAAUUUUGGUUUGAGUCAGAUUAUUGUAACAAGACGAGACAUCUGUUACAUUUUGAAAUUAGAUAUACGCACUAAACUGAGACUGAUACUUAACUUAUUGUUUUACUUGAAAGUUUGUUACAAAUUUUGUUACUGAUAUAAGUUGUCUUGUAAUUUCAUUGGUAAAUUGUUAGUUGAAUAAAACAGAUGGAAAUAUUU